AUGAAAGGUAUUCAGGGUGUUGUGCAAUUGUCACUGCUCCGCAAUCCUGCCUUUCCCCUCGACGUAGUCGACAAACUCCAGGAUGAGACCAUGCCCAAGGUCCAAGCCUGGCUGGACAAGCAGCACAAAGCGGGCAAAGCCACAAACUGCACGCUCGAGAAUGCCGCCGUCAGACAAGAGUGGAGCGAUAUGACGGUCGAAGCCCGUCAAGAAUACGUCCGGGCCGUCCUCUGCCUCCAGAAGAAGCCUCCCCGGGCCCCCAAAGACAAGGUCCCUGGCUCACUCAGCCGCUUCGACGACUUUGUUGCCACACACAUGACGCAGGCGGGAGAGCUUCACGGCCCAACGAAUCUCUUUGCUGCCCAUCGGUACUUCAUCUACGUGUACGAGAAGGCCUUGAGAGAGGAGUGUGGGUAUACAGGAUACCAGCCGUACAUGAACUACGACCGCUACGUCGCCGACCCCUUGAACUCUCUCCUCUUUGACGGGUCACCAGCCAGCAUGUCCGGCAACGGCGAGCUCGCGCCCUACAACGGCAUCCCUCAACCGUUUCCCCGUCCAUACGAUCGCAUUCCUGCUGAUCAAGGCGGUGGCUUCUCCCUCGGCCCCAAGGGCUCCGUCGUCCGGGACAUCCCCCCCAACCCCCAGCGCGACGGCCUCGGCUCCAACCCCCGCUGUCUCCGCCGUGAUGUCAACCGGUUCAGCGUCGCCGGCGCAAAAGCAAACUACACCUACCACUUGAUCACCCAGCACAACGACGUCGACAGCUUCUACAACAGGUACCUCGGCCAACCCCAGCUCAAGGGUGACCCCAAUCCAUGGGGUCUUCACAACGCGGGACAUUACCUGAUUGGCGGUGAUCCCGGGGGUGUAUGUUCUCCUAACCUUCGCCACCUUUUCAUUUCGGCGCUAACAUAUGCUGAAGGACUUUUACUGCUCACCAGGCGACCCCCUCUUCUACUUCCACCACGGCGCGCUGGACCGCAUCUGGUGGAUCUGGCAGAUGAACGACCCCGAAAACAGAAUCAACGCCGUGCCCGGGCAGGCCAUGCCUGGUGGCCACAACCACGGGAGACGACAGACCACCCAGCCGAAGAAUGCGCUCGACUCGGUCAUCGACCUGGGGUGGACGGCGCCGGGGGUGAGGUUGGAGGAGAUGAACGAUCAGCUGGGUGGGUUGGGAGGGGAGAUGUGCUAUAUCUAUGUCUGAUCACUUUUUCUCACUCACGGACAGAUGGGAGAGGAAGAUUUUUCGGGCGAGGGGAAUUUUUUGAAGGUGGUUGA